AUGAGUGAGAUUCUUCAAUAUCGGAAGCAAUUUUACGAGUCCAGCUACGAUGUUCGCAUCACUUGCGCUCGUGGUGAUUCUGCUGAAGAAAUUGCGAGCAAAGUGUUCCAAGAACUAAUGGACUCCGCGGGUGAUGCGGGAUACGUCAGCACAAGAACGGAAUACGCGGACGGGGAAGAAAGUCCGGGGUUUUUAGAUGUCGUAUUGGAAGGUCUAGCUCCUGACGGAGGGUUAUAUGUACCCAGAAAAAAGAUACCGCUCCUCUCUUUAGGUUAGUUUUCUAGGUGUCUUACUUUGUUUAGCGGGCUUUUGCACAUUUUCUAUAACUCCCAAGCGCCUGCUACAUUAUUCAGGGGUACCCAACGAGAGUGUAGUUCAAAGCCACUUAAAUACAGCAUUGUUAAACGUAUUUUAGUAUUUAAACGUUGGAUAUAGGCAUAUUUUUAUCCCCUAAAAAGUUUUCAUCUGUUCGGAUUUCCUAGCUGAAAGUCUAGUGAUCCGAAAAUUAUAGGGAUCAAAACUUACCUUUUCGACAAUUUUAGCCAGAAAAAAGGCUCCCGAAAAUUUUAGGUGACUUUUUUAGGGUAAAAAUCCGUUAAUAACGGGCAAUUUUUAGAUUUUCUAAAAUCCUAAGAGAGGCAGGCAAGCGAAAAAUUCUACAACAAAUGUUCCGAAAAUUCUUGAUCUCAAAUCGUCUUCCGGAACAGAUGUUUUCCGAAAAUUGACGUUGGGUGCCCCUGAUUGUUGUUUGACGACACAAAAAUGGCAGCGUAGGAGACUAGCAUGAUCUAGCCUUCCACGCGGACGAUCUCAGGGCUUCAUCACGCCUUCCUUCUGAGAGGAAAGAACGCGUGACAAACGUCUGCGUGGGACACUACAAUGAUUUCAACAGUUUUUGGAAGACCCUUCUUAGAUGGUUCAGUUGAAUUUCUUUACAACCGCCUUGGCUACUCUGCAGAGCGGCUGCCUUCUCUAUAAACCAGCCUUGUGAAAGUUCGCCCUUCCUUACCCCAGUUUAGAAACGAGGAGGGAACUAGAGUCAAAAUGUUUCCCGCAAGUGUGUCUGGGAUCGUUACAGGAGACGCGCCGAUCAGCUAAUAGGGAACUUAAGCAAAGACGUUUUUGAGCAACGCACGUUAACCGGAAGUGGGUUUUUGCAACCUUGUGCAGUGGUUUUUCGGCAAAUCUUCUUUACAAGAGAAAGGACUCUUAGCAGUACAAUUUUAGUAGCGUUUAUGAAUGUUAUUUAGGAAAAGGCCUCACUUCCAGUUGACGUACGUCGCUCAAAAACGUCUUUGCUUAACCCUUUAGGUCCCAAGAGUGACCAACAUUAAUUUUCUCCUAACAACAUCAGCAGAUCAUCAAGAAUAAAGGUUAUGAGAAUCACUAAAUUGAUUACCAAAGGGAGAACGCUUUGAUCUUAAACCAAAUUUUCUCAACUAUUCUUAAAAGAAAAGUAUGGAGAUUUGUAUGUGGAUCUUUUGGGGCUCAAAGCGUUAAGCUACCAAAUAUUGACCAUUUUUCCCUUAUCCUUAGUAACAUUCGCAGAAGUCUUUGCGAUAGUUCACUCGACCCAGUUUCUUUCCCGUUUUCACAGUGGCCCCUUUGUUCCUGUUUUAGAUCAGUGGGAACGACUUGUAAACUGCAGCUACAAAGAAAGAGCUUUACGCAUUCUAGAAACAUGGUUAUCACCUACCGACCUCCAUCCCUCUAUCCUUCAGUCCAUGGUAACUAAAGCAUACUCUCACAACUUUCUACACGAGGCGAUAGCUCCUCUUGUCAAACUUAAUGACCAGUAUUAUGUGCAUGAGCUAUUUCACGGACCAACAGCGUCCUUCAAGGAUCUUGCCUUGCAGUUAACGCCGCAUUUUUUUAGCGAAGGUAUCUCUAGGAGGUCGAUAUCUGAUGGACCUGUUAAAUUUCUGAUUCUUGUUGCUACGUCUGGUGAUACCGGAAGCGCCGUGCUGGAAGGUUUCAAGGGUAUGUAUGAUUAGUGUAAAGAAUAUACAGUGGAAGUUCUUGUAAGCGGACACCCUCGGGAUGAUCCUCGGGACUCGAAAAAGGUGUUCGUAAGUGGAGUCGGCCGCUUACGGGAAUGUAAGAAUACAGAGUUUGUAUGGAAGUUGAGUAAACGGGGUUUUGUGAAGGCGGCUGUAAGUAGAGCUGUCCGCUGACGAGAGUGGUCGUCAGGACAGCUUCAACUGUAUGCGGAUUUUUUAGAUAAGCCAAAAGUAAGUUGCUGUUGACACAAGAUACAAAAUUGACUUGCGCAUGAAAUCUGCUGCGCUCCAGUUGAAUUGUUUUCACACAAGAAGCGUCUUGGGUACGACACAUGCCCUUGGGUACCUAAAAUUUACAGGCACCAGUUCUUAGUGAUACCUUGGCCCGCGUAGCUUGUGGGGUUGUUAUGUCCGGGGUACUUUCUUGGUGGCGGAGCUGCGAGGGAUUUCCACUAGCAACGAAUUGCAAUUUGACUUUUUCCCAAUCUUCUCGCGGCUCCACCAUAAAAAAACUACAGUACUCGCUUGCUAUUCCCACCAGCUUCGCGGGCUAGUGAUACCUGGAAGUGCAUCAUUCGUUUCUUGGUGCCUCUUUAAUCUGAUAGAUAUUUCCAUUAACUUCCAAAGGCAACCCUAAAACUCCAGUCAUGGUCCUCUACCCAAAGGAAGGAGUCAGUGAAAUCCAGAGAGCGCAAAUGGUAUCCGCAGAUGACCCGAAUACGCGUGUUAUUGGAGUAAACGGUGACUUUGACUUCUGUCAAACUGCAAUAAAGACAAUCUUCAACGAUUUAUCCUUUAACAAAAGACUUAUGGACACUUUUAGUGUGCAGUUAAGUGCCGCGAACUCCUUAAACUGGGGUAGGCUACUACCACAAGUUGUGUAUCACGCCUCUGCUUACUUGGAUCUUGUGAAAUCCGGAGCGAUUUCGAUAGGCGAAAUGGCAGAUUUAUGUAUACCAACUGGAAAUUUCGGCAAUAUUCUGGCGGCGUACUAUGUCAAGGUAAGAUAUAAGACAGAAUUAUGAGAUGCGUCUUUAAAAAUCCGGGGCGUUUUCUAUGGAUAAAAAGGCAGAAUUAUCUAUGCCAGCCUUGUCAAAUCUGAUUGGGAAUUUUUUGGAAAAAGAAAAUUCAUGAUUACCAAAAUGAAAUUUACGUAGUAUUUCGGAGGCUUGGAGUCAAGGUCAGUAUGUUUAAAACCUUAUAAACUCUGAGCUGUUUUUCCCACAGGAAAUGGGCAUACCUUUGAACAACCUGGUUUGUGCUUCAAACGAGAACAACGUUCUAACAGAAUUUUUUCACACGGGAUCAUACAACAUGGCAACUCGCCGCCUGCAACAAACCAUCUCACCAUCCAUAGAUAUCCUUAAAUCAUCCAAUCUAGAGAGACUCAUUUAUCACGCUUCUGGGAGUGGAACAGUUGUGGCCAAUUCGAUGAGGUCGCUGGAAGAAAACAAGAUCUUUAAGGUUAGUGCAGGGCUUGUCUGAGAAAACGGCCGACAUUUCUUCACGCCACCUUUAGUUUCCCCGCGAAAUGUCGUCAGAGGAGCAAGCGGAGAAAUACCAUACUGAUGACGUGUCACUAACCACAUCUGGGUAGUGCUUCUGAUUGGUCUUGCCGCGAGGGAAAUUUGCUUCAACUAAUCAGAAGCACAGCUCAGAUCUGGAUAGUGACACGUCAUCAGUAUGGAAUUACUGCGUUGAAUCCUCAGACGUUAUUUGCAGGGGAUCCAGUUGUGGCUCUGCGAAAUGUCGGCCGUUUUCUGAGGCUAGUAAAGGCUUCAUCUCCCCAUGCGAUAACCCUGUUAGUACAGCUUAUGUAUAGGUUUCCUCUCUCAGCGCGCUGCAGUUAAAUUUUGCGAAAGAGCUGUGUCAUUUCUUGCCAUACUUUGGCGGUGGUUUGCUGACCAAGAUCUCCGUGAUUCGCGAACGGUUGGCCAAAACCUGUUUUAAGCAACCGUGACGGCGACAAUAGCAACGAACUCCUAUAACUACGACGAAAAGAUCAUUAAACGUUUCUAGGAAACUGCCCACCUACCCCUCCCCUAAGCCAUCAUUUUGCUGAGUGUUAAUGGCUUAGGGGAGGGGUAGGUGGGCAGUGAAUGCACCUCUUCCCAACUUCCCAACCCGACAUGCGCGUUCUGAAUUUCAGUACAUUUCUUUGCCUUUUUUUUGCAACGGCAACUUGUACUGUUUGAUAUUAAGUGUAGAGCCCACGUACCUUUUCUUUUUUUAACUGAGGCUGUUUUUGUCACCUUACGAGCAGAGCCUGCAUUCGUCUUCUCCCGAGGACUGACGUCAAAAUCAAGCAGCCGCCGAAAACAGAAAGGCUUUGCCGGCAGGGCGCGUUUUUGUUUACGUCGCCGUCAUAAUUGCGUAAAACUUAGCUCUUAACGCUUAUCCUGGUUGGUAAUUGUUUAAAAAGCAACGAAUUAGCACAUUUGUUUCAAACUUUAACCUAGUUGCCGGACGUGAGACACGUUGUAACGAUGUAAGAAGCUUAGCACGUCUCGAAAGUUCAAUGCUAUUUUCUUAGAUUUCAGAUGACCUUAGGAACGAACUAUCCACCGUAUUCAAAGCCGACUUUACCUCAGAAGAAAGGUGUCUGGAUACAAUUAGAUCCAUCUUUAAACACACAGGGUACGUAAUGGAUACCCACACAGCUGUCGCAAUGGACAUCGCCAGCCGCUUUGCACAUCCUAAUCGACCAAUGAUCAUAUCCACUACUGCGCACUACAGCAAGUUUGCCUACGAUGUUCUAACUGGCCUUCGUCAGUACCCAUCAUCUCACCACCCCGCGGAGUUGUUCUCAAGUUUACGCAAGCUUGACGCUCGACCUCCGUUGCAUGCAAGUCUUGAAUUUGUUGUUAGUCGACCCAAAUUACAGAAUACAGUCUGCGAAGCUAACAUUAGUACACUGAUGAAAGAAAUAGAAAUCUUUUUAAAGCGAUAAUAUUUUUAAAUAUGAACCAGUUUAACCCUACAGUGAUGUGGG